AUGGUCAAAACUUACAACGUAGCAGGAGGAAUCAAGCGCGUUGAUCCACGUCACGAACUAUACAAGGGCGAAAAAGUGUAUUUAUACCGAGCAGUGAGCAUCCCCCAGCCUGAGGGUCAGGGACGCUUCCGAGGCAUGGAGCUGGGCCAUGAUACUCGCGGACGACUCGGCCGAUACCAACAACGCCUGGGUAUCAGAGUCUGCCGUCGCCGACGUGCUCUGCUAGCCCGGUCCUCGAGCGCAACUGUCUACGGUCCCCCCCGACGCCGACGCAAUGGCUUGUCGGUUGCUCAACGCCGGCCUGUACAGCACUUGCUACAAUCUCGCCCGCUGCGGCUCUCUCCUGCCCUGAUCUCGGCCUACCGCAAAAGCGCACGCGCAAGCACCCUGAUAAACGAUCUGUUCGACUAUGAUUCCGACUUGGCCCACAGACAGCCAAACAUCCUCGCCCACGGCUACGCCGCCGGCCGCCGCGAUAUCGACGCGUGGCAGGACACCGUGACCGAGGUAUACUUUGACGCGCUGGAAAAGGGCCACGGCUGCUUGACGGGGGACUGGCCGGUCUGGGCCGACAGAAUUCCUGACCUCUCUGUCGACGGCGUUGACCAUGGCUUCAUGUGUGCUGCGUUUGCGGCCCUUGCCCAGCCUUCUGCAGCCCGAGAGAUGCCGUGA